GUUUGCAGGUCUAACUGGACAAAUUAAAACAAGGCUUUAUGAGUAUGAAUAACACAUCGUCAAUCAUGAACGUCACCACCAUAGAACCGGCUACCCUUAGCCAAUCUCUCUACCCGUACAAUGUCCGCAUUGGCGUGGCCUGUGUGUGGAUCGUAGCCGCGGUCCUUGGACUCGUUGGGAACAGCCUCGUGAUCUGGUCGGUCGUUGUGUCCAAGAAACUCCGCACGGUGACCAACGCCUUCGUGGUCAACCUCAGCCUGGCCGAUUUCUGGACCAGUCUUUCUUACCCGUGGCAGGCCGUCGCCAUACUGAGCCAUGGGUCCUGGCCGUUAGCUACAGAGGUCCCAUGCUACAUCGCAGCUGUGCAAUUAAAUACCGGUCUUGGUACAAGCCUUUACUCAUUGGCGGCGAUAGCGUUCAAUCGGUUCAUGCUGGUCACCCAGAAACCUGCAACAUACAGUCGUUGGUACUCCCCUGGAAAAGUCUCCGUCAUGAUCGCUGCGACUUGGGUCAUCCCGCCGAUUGUGUUCUUCUUGCCGCCAAUCUUUGGCGUUGGUGACUUUGGUUACGAUCCCCAGGGCAACACGUGUUCAGACAAGGAUGACCAUCCCCGCGGCCAAGAGUACAACCUGGCUCAGUCUCUUGCAGCUUUCCCAGUCUCCAUGCUCAUCAUCAUCAGUUCCUACACGGCACUCUACAUCCAUCUCAAACGUCACUUCAGGAAGCAGAAGAGGAGACGCACUCAGCACGAUAGCCCAGCCCAGAAUGACAAGGCAGUCGGUAAGUCUACCGUCAAUAGCAUAUCGACCGAGUCCUCAUCGACGCCCACCAACGAUUUAGCCAAAAGCCAACGACAAGAAAUCAGCCGUCAGCAACUUGCAAUCACCAAGAAUCUCUUCAUGGUCUUCUGCAUCUUCUUCUUGUUGAUAUCCCCUUACUUCGUCUCUCUUGUCGUACCAAGCAGUGGUAAGAUUGCUCUCUAUUUAGGAACCAUCACUAUCCUGAAUAGCUGUGUAAACCCCAUCAUCUACACGACAAAGCAUCCUCAGUUCAAGUUAGUGCUUCGAAAGAUCCUUAGCUGUCGCUACUCUCAGAUACCUGAACCAUCUGACUGGCUGAAAUCUGUCUUGUCUCAGAGAAAGUAAAAAGGGCUCCUGUCUUGUCUGCAAGGACAUGAGAACGGGGACGAAACACGGGUAUGCCUAUAUGAGGUUAACCUUUUAUUGCAACUCCUGCUGGCUUCACCGGUAAAAGGUAGACAAAUUGGAAUAAGGCUAGUUACAUAAUAGGUCAGUUUUAUAAUAAAGCAAGA